AAGGAAAACGUUCACUCAAUUUAAUGUGUCUAGAAUUUAAUUUAUGCCCAACUUCUUCAGAUGAAUGAACUGUUUAGAAAAAAACUCUUUCAUGUCUGAAAUGUUCAUAUUAGGAUGACUUUCAGCAAAGUUUCACAGAGCAGUGGUUUCAUAACUCCAAAUUCCUGCCUCUUAUGGUGGUUGUAGAUUAUGAUAAACAUCUCUAAUGUGAGAAUGUUUAUUCUUAGGCAAGAUUGAUUUUUAGUGCAACAGUUUAACUGUGUGCAUCUUCUUGGUGACAAGAUCAUUUUUAUCUCUGUUAUUUUAUUUCAUUAGUUUCAUAGGGACUGCUCAUACAUUUCAAGUCAGACAUACAAUUAAUUAGGUCCUUGUCUAAAACAGGUUGUUGAGGAACUGCUUUCAUUUUCAUGUCUUCAGUAUGUUAAAGAUGGGGACUAUGAUAAAUGAACUAUGAUUGUACUUGCUAAUUUUUUAUCAGUUGUGAAUGUUAAAAGCAAAAUAAAAAGUUUUCUAUUCUUUGAAUGGGACUCAUGCAAUUGGAAUAACACAUUUCUUCUCUUCAAGUGGAGCUUCAAACUCUUAGCAGGGAUAGCCUUCAUCUUACGCGAGGAAAUCAAGAGGAGUUUGUGUUCUUUGCCAGCUGGUGAAUGAGGAGUUCAUAGAAAAAUGAGCUUGGGAAACCUGGCUUUCACAGGGGAGAUGGAAAUGAGAGUGUCGUUUCUUACACAAAAUUUAUAUGGGAAAAGCAAGGUUUCACUGGUACAAGUAUCUUCAUGGGGAAGUUCACAUGGAAGUUGUAGAGGCAGGAGUUGUAGGAAGUCUUGAAGUAGGGGGCUAGCAAUCAUUAAUUUCAUAUGGAAACGGUCUCCAGAGAAUUAAUUUCUAGAACUGUAUGCAUAGAAAAUUGGUUGAAUCUCUAGGAGAAUCUGGAGCUGGGUGUCUUGGGAGACUAUAGGAGAGAAGGAUGCUAUCAGUAGUUUUUACAAACUACACUUGAUUUGUUUCUUAUUCUAAGACAGGAACUUCUGUAAAAUAUAUUUAAAUUUAUGUUUUUCUAUAUGGAGUAUGAUCUUGUAGUCUUUUUAAUAUUUGAAUUCUUUUACUCUCCUGUCGAGAUAACAGUUCAAACUACGCAUUUCAAGCACAAAGAAAGCACAGCUGUUAAUGAGAAAUAUAUUGCAGAAAUGUUUUGUUUCUAUGCAGACUUACUGGGCUUCUGAGUUACUGCCUGAGAACCAUGAAGAAUUUCACCUCGGUGUUUUAGAGGAGAAUGAGAAAACAAUGUCUUGGACAUCUCUUAUAUCCAAAAUUACUCUAAAUAAUAGUUAUGAACUAAUUUGCAGUAACUAAUUAGUGGCCUGUGAGGAAAUUCAGAUCUUUACUCAGGGAAACAUAACAGAAUAGCAACUAAAGUUUCUUGUCUUUUCCUUAGGGCUGUAUGAAAGAAUAAAAAUAAUAGGAAAGGUAAAAUAUGACAAUAUAUUCAAAGUUGAUUGUAUUGAUUGUAUCAUGUUAGACCUAGUCAUAUAUUGACAAAUGUGGGUUUUCUGUAAGUAGUAACUAAUUGCUUGUGCAUGUUUUCUCAGAAGUUACUGCUGGGGCUGUGUAUGCAGGGUAUUCAUAGCUUUGAUGAAUACUAUAUUGAGAAAUGUGUUCUACAGUGAGAAACAUGACAAUUGCCCUUCAGAUAAAUGGAUAUAUCUAAAAAAUGUUUUAUAUAUUCUCCAUAUUUGGAUCUGUUGCAGUGUGUAAGCUUUCUGUGUAAUUGGAACAUUCCUUAUUGUAGGACACUAACACUAGGGCUUACUCUUUUUUCUUGUGUUGUUGCACCGUUACAGCCCUUUUGCUGCCUUAGUGUUCCAGCUUCCACCUUUUCUUUCCUCUCUAUAGCAACACUGUUUCUCAGCAACUGGGAGACGCUUUGCAGAGACCCCUCAGUUGAAAAACAUUGCACUCCAAUGAUAAGAAAAAUUGGCUUUGAAACAAAGAUCAAAGAAGUUUUAUCUUGAAUUAUUGAAGAUAUUUAUUACUAAUUAAUUAGUGUUUUCUGUUUUGACUGCUUAGACAAUUACCUGAUGCUUUGAUCUGGGCUGUUGCUAGGCAUUUGUUGAGAACAGCAUUCAUUUAAAAGCAAAACCUUUAGAACUGUGUCUUGAAGUCAACUUCUAAGUGCUACAAAACUACUGGACUUCUCUGAAGGUGUUUUCUGACCUAUGGGCUUUUAGCAGCUAGCUGAGAUAAAGAAUGUCUAAUCCCAUCUGCCCACUUAAAAUGAAUCCAGACUUGCAGGAGGCUUUCAAUGACAUUCAGAGCUCCGUCUACAGAACAGCCUUAAAACUACGCUCACUACAAAGUCUGUGCCAGUUGGAUUUGAUCAAUGUUUCUCUGGUUCAGCACAUUGUAUCAAGUGAGCAGAGACAGAGGGAAAAAGACAUUUCUCUGAAAGUGCAGCAGCUCUCUGGAAUGCUGAAGGAGCUGUUUGAAAGAGCAAGGUUAGAAAAGCCAGGCCAGGUAGAUCCAAGAGCUGCCGAAUUCACAUUGAGCCUGCUAGAAGCCAUGUAUGACAGAUCUGGAACAGGUUAUAUCAAAACUAGAUCUGCUGCAGCUGCCCUAAUUGCCCUUUCAGGAGACACUCUACUUGCUAAAUACAAAGCUUUCUUUGAGUUUUAUGCUGUUCCUGAUGGGAAGAAGGCCUUGAUUACCCGUAGUGCUCUGAGAAGCCUGCUAACAGACUUGAAUCAGAUCCCAGCCGUUGUAGGAGAAGGCUGCACUUUGUCUUGUGUGGAAAUUGCUACUCACAGCUGUUUCCAUGGGGUUCUGAAUUCAGGAAUUGUUGAAGAAAAAUUCCUGUCUUGGCUGAGAUCAGGACCUGCUCUUCUACAAUGGCUCCCUACAUGUUACAGAUUAUCAGCCACGGAAAUGGUUUCUCACCGCGUUAGAUGUAGAGUCUGCAAGACUUUCCCCAUUAUAGGCCUCAGGUAUCGCUGUCUGAAGUGCCUGAAUUUUGACCUUUGCCAGGUCUGCUUUUUCACUGGCCGUCUCAGCAAACCACAUAAGAGUUCACAUCCUGUUGUGGAAUACUGUGUGCAGAUGUCAGCAAAGGCAAAUGCAAAGCACUUUCUCUGCACUGUCAGAAACAACCUGUUUCAGGACUGCUGCAGAAGAAAGGAGGCUCAGGAAAGGAAGGUUCUGGAGAUAAUGGAGGAGAGGCAUUUCCCUACUCACAAAAAGAGUCGUCCCCCAGCAGAACUCAGUGCCUCACCAUUCCCUAGCCAUGAAAACCUGUCUCUCCCAGUGAACAACCCUAUUCCGGAAUCACCCAAGUUUAUAUCCAAAAACAGAACUGUGCUGCACAAGAAUGACAAUAACAGCAAGAUACUGAAGCAAGGCAAGACAAAAAUUCAGGCAAUUGCAUCUUUUGAAGCAGAUGUGUUAAAAAUGCAUGAUUCCAUCAGGAGUAUUCACAAUAAGAGCAGGUACACAAAGAAGCAGUUGAAUAAAUGGAAGCACAAAAUGCAAUUUCUUCAUAACUGCCUGGAGGACAAAAGCUUCAAAAUAGAGGCAGAACUCCUACGCCUGAGAGCGACCCAUGGAAACCUGCAAAUGGAGCUGUGUAAAAUGAAGCAAGAAAUAAAGACAAUCUUACAGUCAACAGCACAUCCUUCAUUUUCACUAUGUCAGACUACAAUGUCAAGAGAUCAGCAUGUUCUUCAGGAAAGCAAAAUGCAGGGUGGGUUAAAUCCUGUUCAAAUAAAACCCAUUUCCAGAACAAGUUCAGAUUGGAAAGCUUUGAAUCACCUCAACUCUGCAAAUAGAAUACAGGUUUUAGAGUCACUUGAGGCUCCUGCUACAGUGGACUUCAUGUUCUCAGAAGACCCGGUGAAAUCAGUGACCUUGCAGAGUGACAGAGUUUUUAUGGGACAGUUCAGAAAAAUAGAAGAUAAUCAAACAUAUCUGCCUGAAUUGAUGGAAAACUAUGACGGUGGCAUCAUAAGGAAUACAGCUCUUACUCCUGCUGCAAUACAGAUACCAUCUGAUAAGGAGGAGUUCUGUGGUGAAGUGGACCUGCAGCAGCUAGUGAUGAAAUUGAUGGAUGCAUUGUCUCUUCAAGCCCAACCAGAUCAACAGUCAACCUUGAAGCAGCAUUUCUUCUCUACAGCUGAAUGUGUUUGCACAUCCUUCUCUGAUCUCAUCAACCAGGUAACUGCCAGCUUGGAAGUGACAGAAAAUGGCAUUCACCUUACAGCUCCACUGAACUAUUGAAGUUGCCUUCCACAAGUACUGGAAUAACACUCAUUAGGCUAAUAUUACUUCAGUGACUCAAUCCAUCCUCUCUGUACCGCAGAUAAAUUUGAGGAUAUUCUGGUAACAGUGUGGUAUGAGGGGGAAAAAAAAACAAACACCUGAGACACCAGAAAAACAUCUAAGAUGAGGAGCCUGGAACACCAGUGCUGUGACUCCACUACCACCACACAGCCUGCAGCUUGUGCCAGCGCCAGCAGGAUGCACAGGGAGCGCUGCCAUCCCUGCUCACCACCAG